UUAUCUUGUUUUUUGUUCCCAUCCAGAGAGACUCAAAAAGACAGUUGACAUUGAAUCAUCGACAGUUGAAAUAGAAGAAAGAGGUGUCAAGCUAAAACUGACAGUCGUUGAUACUCCUGGUUUUGGUGACAGUCUCGAUAACUCUGAAUGGUACAUAUGAAAUUUUCAAACAACUUUGUGAAACAAACCAAACUCCCUUUACUUUGACUGUUCAGGUCAUAAAUCAUAAUUAUCACAGCCAAUGUCUGUUUAGUCAUGGUCAUUGGAUAAUAUACAGCAGAAAGCAGUUUACUCCACAAAAAAUUAACCUUAACUGUAAUUUCUGUAAUUCAAACCGAAAGCAUGCUAUGCUGACAUGUCACUGCAGUAGGGAUACUAGGGAUGUGUCGAAUACUGCUUUGCCGGAACCAAAUAAUAACUGGAUACUGAUGGUGGUACUUGGACAAUACGUCAUUAACUUUUUGUCGUAAAAUUGUCCAUUAUCUGUUCAGUAUGUGGCACACAGGUCAUCCAACAAUAUACAAGAGAGAGCAGUUUACAUCACAAAAAACUUAACCGUAAUUUCGUUUUAAUGUGUCACAUGUCUGGUAGACUAGUUGUUUGUGUUUCACAAAAUCUUAAUGCAAAACAGAUGGUUUUGUGGUCAUUAGCAAAAGUUCCAGUAAUAUCCAGUAAUUCAAACUUUCUACUGGAUGUCUACAUUUUGCUGGAUACUCCGAUACUGGUAGCCAGAUCCGGCACAAUCUUUAGACUGAGGCAAAAUUCUAAUCAAAACCGAGUCGCAGAGGUUACAUGCACACAUACACACCAACACUUCCAACGUAUGCAUGUACCACACUUCUCCCCCAAAGUUUCCCUCCAGUACAAUAUCUAAUUAUUUUUCAGUUACAAACCGAUUCUGGACUAUGUCAACAAUCAGUUUAACACCUAUCUGAAGGACGAGUCUGGGCUCAAUCGAAGAAAUAUCGUUGACAAUCGAAUUCAUUGUUGUUUUUACUUUAUUUCGCCCACCGGGUAAGUCGCAAAUGAAAAUGAAAAAAAUACCGAAACAAUUGGCAAAUUUCAGUAUUAAGCAAGCGAGGGGGGCUAGCAGAAUGCAGAUGAUGGCAAGGAAUGUUAACAACUAACAAAUUGUGUUCGCACUGUUUGUUCCUAGUUGUUGCAACAAGUUUGGAACAAGCUGUUAAGGUUGUUCUAACAAGUCCGAUACAAUCAUGAUAUAACAAGAAUGUUACAAGGUUGACCGCACAAGGUUGUAACAAUUCAGGGUGCGAUAAUUCAAUAUUUUUGGCCGUACCUGACUGGUACUCCGACAACUUUUGCCGCGUACCUGAUCUGGUACAAACUUAAGAGUCAAGACGUACCUAAGACUACUUCCGAGUCAUGCGUUUUUAUACCUACGUAUAGUUUUAAUACUGGUCCAAAAGCAAAAAAUGUAUGGGCAAUUUUGCACAAAUGAAUCUUUAAUUAUGGUAUUUGUACAACAUAAUAUAACUGUUAUCAAAGCGUCGACGUCGUGACUCGAAUCGAAUGCCAUCGCUCAUUUACAGUGGAUUUACCGAGGGUGCUAUAUGUCUGACCUCAGCUACAUACAGUGGUGGCAGGUUGGCUAGUUAUUGCUAGAAAGGAAAUGUAAGUACGCGAAUAGUAAAUUUCCGCGUACCUACGUGGUACUUGGCUAAAAACAAAGAAGUACCAGACCAUAAAUUUGGCGUACCUCCGGUACGUUGGUACGCGAAUUAUCGCACCCUGGACAAUAUUGUUAUAUCAUGACUGUAUUGGACUUGUUGGAACGACCUUGUAACAAGUUGUAACAAGUCUGAUAGUAUCAACAAGGUUGUUACAAGUUGUUGACAGCUUGUUGGCAGACUGGCUGGCACACUUGCUUGAUUUUCUCACUCUGAUAAAUGCACGGUAGUUCUUAGUAAAACCCACCCAUAAAGAUGUAUUCUGUAUUUUCUGAAGGCUACAACCGAUCGACAUUGACUGUAUGAGACAACUGCACAGUCGAGUCAACAUUGUGCCAGUCAUCGGCAAGGCAGAUACUUUAACGCAAAAGGAACUGCGAGAAUUAAAAAAGAAGGUGAAAUUUUAACAACUAUAUAAUUAGCCUGGGGUGUACUAGGGCACCAAGCACCAAUAGACAAUUUCCAUUAUGGACUAAUUUUUUAUCUUGGCAAGAAAAAGUAUAUUCCCGGAAAGAGCGUACUAAAAUGAGUAAAAUUGCAAAGUUUGGUUGCGAAAUGUUGUAAAAUGCGGAAAAUAUAGCCUUGCAAAGUUCGCAAAUUUUGUGUACUUUUGUAUUGCGUGCGGAAAUUGCUAACACAUUUGGGCCGAAAAUGGUAGGAAUUUUACGCACGCAAUACAAAAGUAUACAAAAUUUGCAAGGCUAUAUUUUCCGCAUUUUACAAAAUUUCGCAACCAAACUUUGCAAUUUCAUUUUAGUAUGCUCUUUCUAUAGCUGUGUUGAUUUAUUUGCAUCUCCUUGCGCAAUUUUAAAAUUAGUCUAUAAUGGGAAUUUGUUUUAAUAUUUUGCAGAUAAUUCACGAAAUUCAGAAAUAUGAGAUUCAGAUCUAUCAACUGCCGUAUUGCGACGAUGACGAAGACGCCGAUUACAAGAAACAAACGGAGGAUUUGAGAGUAAGAUUUUUUCUAACUUCUAAGUUUUGAAGGAUUUGUAAGAAAUGUUUAAGGCAACUGACUGGGUGUUAAACAGCGAGUCAAGUUCCCUCGUACAUUCCCUACAAAUCCUUCAAAACCUAUAUGCAAAAUUCCUACUGUGAUCACAGAAAAUUUGACAGUGUAAAUCGGCUUUUAAUACUUCCCCAACACUAUCAUGUAUUUUAUUUAAAUUAAGUUAAAACAUUGUUGCAACACUCAUCUAGAGACCCAUCAAUUCGCAUCCUUGUUUGACCAUAGCUUAUCGAAGGGAAGAUGGCUUGAAACUCAUUAGAAUAACAAUAUAAAUUUGUUUAAUUUAAAUUGUUAAUUUUAUUUUCAACAAAAUUUUUUCCAAGAAUCUAUGUUUUUGUUUAUAACUCAUUAUCUAUGACUAUAUUAGUCAACGUUUCAUUCAUAAAUCUGGUCCUUCACCGUCGCGUGUGUAUUGUAUUUUUACCAAAUCCACCAAUAGCAAUUUCCAAUUUACCCUAAUGUUCGAGUCACGGAUAGGUAACUUUCCUAAGACAUUGCUAUUGGUUAGUUGGGCAAAAAUACAACACACACGUGUCGGUGAAGGACCAGAUUUAUGAAUAAACGUUGACUAACAUAGAUAAUGAGUUAUAUUGUUAUUCUAGUGAGUUUCACAGCCAUCUUCCCUUCGAUAGGCCAUGGUUUGACGAAGCUGGACUUAAGCUAAUUUAAUUUUUUUCACUGUGCCAUUCUAGGCGACCAUGCCGUUUGCGGUUGUGGGCAGCAAUGCGACGAUUGAAGUACAAGGCAAAAAGGUUCGAGGUCGCCGUUACCCCUGGGGUGUGGUUGAAGGUGCGUUGUUAAAUGGACAAACGUUCGAGAUGAUCGUUUCACACUCAUUUGUGCUGUAAUAUUUUUGUCUUUUUCAUGUAGUUGAGAAUCCAAAACACUCCGAUUUUGUUAAAUUGAGGACCAUGCUAAUGUACGUAUUUUGGCCAGUCGGUCUAUUAAUUAAGUUUGACAACUUUAUUGUAACCUACUCUACACGAGUAAAAAUCUCAUAUCUUGUAGCAAGUCUGCCAACAAGCCGUCAACAAGUUGUGUUCGCACUGCUUGUCCCAAGGCCAAGUUGUCAUCAAGUUUGGAAUAAGCUGUUAACAACAUGUAAUAAGCUUUGAUAACAUUGUCAGACGUGCUGUAAGGUUGUUCCAACAAGUCCGAUACAAUCAUAUAACAAUAUAUAUAUUGUUACAACCUCGUGUCGUCAACCUUGUUAUAUCAUGACGGUAUCAGACUUUUUAGAACUUUGUAACAAGUCUGAUAACGCCAUCAAGCUUGUUACAAUUUGUUAUCAGCUUGUUCCAAACUUGUUCCAACAACUGGGAACAAGCAGUGCGAACACAACUUGUCGACAGCUUGUGAACAGAUUCGUAACAACUUGUUUGCAGACCUGGAACAACCUGUGCGUUUUUACGUGUGUACUUGGGGAAAAUUUCAAUGAAACUGAAAGUAUUAAAUUGUAACAUGUGUAUUCUAAAAAUAGCACGCACAUGCAAGAUCUGAAAGAGGUAACGCAAGAUGUACAUUAUGAAAACUAUCGAGCAACGUGUCUCUCUGUCGGAGAUGGAACCACCACAGUACAACGAACUGCCAGGAGGUAAAUGA